UUUUUUCAUAGACCAGUGCACAGUGGGAAAGGCGAAGUCACAUUAUUACUCACUUUAUCAUCGAUACGGAUUGACACACAUGUUUUAUUUAGCGAUAUGCGUGUGGUUAAAUAUUUUUGUACAUUUGACAUUGUCCCAGGAGAGUUUACACAUUGACACAUCUGAUCAUGACUUGACUGUGAAUAUUACCAGUGCUAAUGACAGCCAUCAGUACCGAUUUGGCUAUGGAACUGAGAACCUGACCUGGAUUGAGCUAAGUGGAGGAGAUUCUUUCACAUACUUACACUACACAGCCAUUAACCUUAAUCCAGGAGCUACCUAUGUGGUCAAAGUAGAGAAAUCUAACGUGGAAAUUUUCAGCCAGCAGGCCACUACAAAUCCACUCCCACCAGUCCGUGUCCAUGUGACUGCAGCAGGGACUAACUUUAUGACCAUCUCUUGGGAAACUGACACCAAAAGCAUUCAAGAUGGUGGAGAAGUGUUUCUAUCCCCCAAUAGCUCACAGGUUCUAAAGUUCACAGCAGUCUCAGGGAAAGAGGUCAAUGCCACUAAUCUACAACCAGGAAUGCAGUACUCCAUCACUGUAGUGACGCUCAGCAAUGGCAAAUCAAGUAAAAGAUCUGAGGCCAAGAUUGACAACACAGUUCCACUGGCUCCCAUGUUGACCUCUGUACAGGCUGUGGACACAAAAACAUUGAUGGUUGCCUGGACAACACAGGAGGAACAAGAUGAAUUUUUUCUGACUGCUACUUACAAUGACACCAGAAAUGUCCAGCAGACGAAGAAACUGAUGUGUAGAAUGGUAAUUCGCCUUUGUCUAGUGGAUGCUCCAGGAAUUCCAGGCCAGAAGUUAUUGAUACAGGGUUACACCAGGAAAGGUCAGAGGCAGAGUGCCCCAUACAGCACAUUCCACUCCACCAAGCCUGAAACAGUGCUGGGUCUGUUGGACAACUCGAGCUCCACCUCUCAUCUUCACCUCACGAUCCUCCCCCCAUUCUACUCCUACUUCAACAAUUACAAUAUCGAGGUCUUCAGAGUCAAUGGAUCAGAGCAGACAUUUGAUCAAAACUUGCCUUUGAAUAAUGAAGAAACAGAUAUAUUCCUGUGGAACCUAACGGCGGGCACCUUGUAUAACUUUUCAGUUACCACCCGCACAAUCUGGGAAGAAAGUGACAUAUAUUCCACGGAGUUUGUUACAUACCCAAACAGUCCACAGAAUUUGCAGUUAACAGAGGUCACCAACUCCACUGUGACAUUGACUUGGACAACUGUGACAUCUGGGGGCCUGGAUUACUAUCAGUCCACUAUAACUCCCAGAGAAAUCAACACGAUGUCCCCAGUCCAACAAGAUAAUCUCCAAUUAAGACAAGUGACUUUCAGCAACCUGGUUCCUGGAAAGAAUUACACUGUAGGCGUUCGGGCCGCUAAACAGAAGAAGCUCAGUCCUCAGAUCAUUGCAGAAUUUCUCACAGUUCCAAAUCCUCCUGAGAUGGUUAACAUAACUGCAAUUAGCGGCAGGGAGCUAGAUGUUGAUUGGUCACCUCCAGCCAGUGGGAUUGUGGAUUACUACACUGUGUACCUAACAUCAGACCACACCCAUCAGAUCAAUGUCACAGAGAAGGUGUACAUCAGUUACUACAGGUUUACCUCUCUACAUCCUGGAGAGACCUACACAGUUCAUAUCAGGUCACAUGUUGCCAAUAUGAUGAGUUCAGAGGUCACUCUGUCGGCAAUGACAAACCCAAGCUCUGUAGCUGAGCUGUACGUUGACUAUGUGGGGAUCAGCACUGUCAACAUUUCCUGGCCAAGGCCUAAUGGCAGCACUUUUGACACCUUUGAGAUUGCUAUAGACCCUUUACAUACACAGUCCCCCAUUACUAUUCCAAAUUCUAGUGACAUACUACAGUACACUUUCACUAACCUGACUCCUGGACAACUGUACAAGAUUUCCAUCACCACAGUCAAUCAGGGCAUCCAGAGUGACCGGGCCACUGUCCAGGUUAUCACAGAGCCCUUGCCUGUGGAGGAUUUGAAUGUGACUUCAGGUGACCCCAACACCCUCAAUGUGGAAUGGAGAACAGUAGACCCAAAACAGCAACACUACUUCAUUCUUCUGUAUCAUGAUUGGUUAGACAGUGGUAACACAUCUCUACCUAUGGUACUAGCUCUCCAUGACCAGUAUAAGUAUGAGACACACAUCUUAAACCUGAAGCCAGGUCACCACUACUCUGUGUAUGUACAGGCCAAGCAGAUCAGGGACACAGGGAACAGCUCCUUGGUGGCUUACAGUGCAUGGCAGAGUGUCAACAAAACCACCAAACCCGACAAGGUGAUGAAUUUAACUUAUACUGCAUCUCAGGAUGACAUUGUCCUAACUUGGCUUCCGGAAAAUGACAGCCUACAGGACAGCUACUUUGUCUGGUAUCGUGCACGUCUCCACAGUACAUAUAGUCAGUGGAAGAAGAAUGUCAGCAAUGACACUCAAAUCAAGCUUUCUUCUCUCUUCCCCGGGCUGUUGUAUGAGAUGGUAGUGUUCGCAGUCAGCCAUUCAGAGAUGAGUCCACCAUCAGUGGUGUCUGCCUUAAUGCCCCCCCUACCUCCAAGUGAUGUACUGGUAGCAGGCAUUAGUAAUGACAGCAUUUCUCUCAACUGGACAUACAGCAGUAACACAACCUUUGUUGAGAGCUGGAUCCUGACCUACAUCAGUCUCAUAGAUGGUGCUGCAAACACUGUCAAAAUCUUGGCAAACUCAUCAGAUCUUAGUGUCAACUACACCAUCACUGGACUUACUUCUGGACAUCCCUAUAAUGUCUCUAUCUACAGUACUGUACAAAAGUCUGUCUCCAAAUCUGUGCAUUUGAUUGUAUAUGUUCGACCAGAAAUAGAUGCAGUUUUAUCAGAAGGAAGUGUUGGCAGCAAAAACAUCACUGUGUUAUAUACAGAGACUGACAAUUACUAUGAGUUUUAUGAAUUUGAGCUGAUACCUAGUUCAGAAGUAGUGAAGAAGAACAGAAAUGACACAAAUCUUAGUGUGAUGUUUUCGGGUCUGGAGGGCGGGACCAAGUACAGCAUCAAAGUGACUGCAGUCAGUGGGAACCAGUACAGUCAGUCAAAAGUUAUACAGAUACGCACUGAGCCAGAGAUACCUUAUGUUGAGAGAGAAAAGACAGCUAAUUAUAUCAAGCUUACAAUCCACAAACCACCUGGUAAUGUAGAGCUCUACAAUGUGACUUGCACCGAUAACUGUGGAUUUCAGACCAAGCCAGCCAAUCAGACAAAAGUUGUGCUAGAGUUUGGUCCCCUGAAUCCAUACACAAAUUACCAAUUUGUUAUUCAGGCCAUUGCUGGAGACAAACGCAGCCUCCUGUUCAUUUCAUCCAGGACAGAGGAAGCUGCUCCUUCUUCAGUGCAGAACUUGAAUGUGGUUGAGAUUUCACCAAGAACAGUAAAUGUGAGCUGGUCACCCCCCAGGAACCCCAAUGGAAUCAUCCGCUCAUAUCACAUUGUGUACACUGCUGAGGAUGAAAUUGGUCAUUUUAUGGAUCAGGGUCAGAUGGACAUCACUGUGACAUCAGAACUCAUUAUAGCACAAACCAUAAGAAGAAAAUUCACAUCCCUCAAAGCUGGACUCAAGUAUACAUUUAAAGUGUCUGCAAGCACUGUAAUAGAAAAUGUUCCAAAGAGGUUUGAGAUUGUUCUACGCACCUAUAAUCCCCCCAUCAAAGACAGCUUGACAUUGAGUCAAACUAAACCCAAACAACUGACCUCAGGAGGUCAAACUGUGUCACCUACCACCAUUACUGCCAACUUCACAAACGCAUUUUCUGACAAAUAUGGAAAAAUACAAGCCUACACUGUGAUUUUAGCAACAGACCCUGAUGAAGAGCACAUAAAAACAAGCACACUGCCUGACUGGAAGGCUGCCCACGUCAACCCAAAUGUCAAGGCUUACCAGACCAUUCGGAACUGUUCAGACUUCUUCAUGCCCACUUCUUCCUGUGGUCAAGCUCGAUCCACUCGGAGCACUGGGGCACGGAGCUAUAAAUUGUUUGACAUUGGUGUGGAGACUUAUUGUAAUAAUGUGCUGUUCUGUAAUGGGCCUCUUAAACAGAAUACAAAAUACUAUGUCCGACUGAGAGCCUACACAGCGGGGGGAUACGCUGACACUGCUUAUUCUGAUCCCAUCAUCACAGGUGUAGUCAAUGACCAAGAUGAUAGUGCCAGUGCGGGAGUGAUUGUUGCAGCAGUACUCUGUUCUGUCUUUGUCGUUGUCCUCAUUAUUGCCAUCUUUGUCAUUUAUCGUCGAUUACAGCGUAAAAGCCCAGAAAGACAUUCAGGAACCACAACUCCAAGAGCAAGCUUUAGUCGACAGAAGAAAAGUCAUGAGUUCAGAGUGGCAGACUUUAAGGAGUACAUUAAGAUUUUGUCAGCAGAUUCCGACUUUAAAUAUGCUGAGCAGUUUGAGGAUUUGAAAGAAGUUGGAAGAGAUCAAUCUUGUUCAGCUGCAGAACUUCCAGUGAAUCGUGGGAAAAAUCGUUUUACAAAUAUUUUACCAUAUGAUCAUUCUCGUGUCAAACUCCUGCCAACAGAUGAUGAAGAGGGAUCUGAUUACAUUAACGCAAAUUAUAUGCCUGGUUUCACUUCCAAGAGGGAGUAUAUCGUGACCCAAGGCCCACUGCCCUCCACCAGAGAUGACUUCUGGAGAAUGAUCUGGGAACAAAAUGUCCGCAAUAUUGUAAUGUUGACUCGUUGUACAGAAAAAGGCAGGGAGAAAUGUGACCACUACUGGCCCAUGAACUCGGAUGCCAUGUUUUAUGGAGAUUUACAAGUAGCUGUUUUGACAGAGACAAGGUUCCCCUCCUGGUCCAUCACAGAAAUGAGGAUAGCUUAUGGUAACGUGACAAGGCCCAUCAGGCACUUUCAUUUCACAGCAUGGCCAGACUUUGGGGUACCAGAGAGGCCUCAGACCCUGAUUAAGUUUGUACGCAGUGUUAGAGAUCAUUUGAUUCGGGAGUGUGGCCCAAUUCUUGUUCACUGCAGUGCUGGUGUUGGGAGAUCUGGAACCUUGAUUGUGUUAGAUCGCAUACUACAAGAGAUCAAAGAACGCGACACGGUUGACAUAUUUUCCAUUGUCCAUGAUCUGAGGAAAGAACGUGUCUGGAUGGUACAAACAGAGCAACAGUAUAUAUGUAUUCAUCAGUGCCUGUUAUGUGUCAUAGAAGGAAGAGAAGAUGAGAAUGUGUAUCAAAAUAUGGGAAUAGCUAAUGCAGCCUUUGAUGCUGAUGAUGAAGGAAUCAAUGUGGAGAUCCCAUGAAGAACUCUGUCACUAACUGUGGUUUCAUUCAGCGGAGGGUUCCCACUGUCCCCAUGACCAUGGUGAAAAACUAAUGGAUUCUUAUUUUAAGACUUCAAUCUGUUUUGUUAAAGCUAAUCAUUAAUCAGUUUUGUUUCUUUGAUAUUGGAAACUAGCUUUUAAAUUUUUAUUACAAUUAGCUAUGCAGAUUACAACGAAAUUAAAUCACAAGUCAGAUUGUAUUAAAAGACAAUUAUAUGAUUUAUACAUGUUGGUUUAUAAAGCAUAAUGCCACUACAUUCCAAACUGCCAGUAAAUUUAUGUAUUAUCAGAGUUUUUUGAUAAUCAUUAUAGAUAUUUUUAAUGUAUAUUGAUAUGUUUAUUUGAGGUAGUGGUAGUUCAUGAACAUGGUUGUGUUUUUGAUCAUAUCAAAAUGAUUGGUGCUGUCAGUAUGUGUACAUAUCCACCCCUUAUCCUUGUAGAAUUUUAUUUUUACAAUAUUUAUUAUAUUUACUGUUUUCCAUGUUGUUUUAUUAUGGGCUAUUAAAUAUUGACGUGUUUGCAUUGGGUUUAAAACAUUGUUAGAUCUGAAGUCAAACAUUGCAGUGGACCAAGAAAAUACAUGUGUAGAUAUUAUUUCUUGAAAAAUGUGUAUAAUUUUGACAAAUUUAAUAUUAUUGCAGCAUCUUACCUGCUUCGCCUUGUUUUGUGACUCAUCAAAUUUAGAGAAAUUUAGAGACCUCUAAGGUGACAAAUUGUUUGAGGAAUCACCUGCAAAUUUUAGAGGUUUUUUUUUUUUUUCAUUUCCAACAAAAUGUCAAGACUGAGGUAUUCCCAAAUCAUAGUAGUUGUGUCUCUUUAGCUCGUCUAUUGUAUAGGAGAGUGACAGCCAUAUUUUAGCCUAAGGGCUGUUCCAUUAUAACAAAUGGGGUACCAGGGGGGAAAGCAAUUUUUAGCUCACCAGAGCUGAAAGCUCAAGUGAGCUUUUCUGAUCGCCUGUUGUACAUUGUCCGUCCGUCUGUCUGUAAACUUUUCACAUUUUCGACUUCUUCUCCAGAACCACUGGACCAAUUUCAACCAAACUUAGCAAAAAGCAUCCUUAGGUGAAGGGCUUUCAAGUUUGUUCAAAUGAAGGGCCAUGUCCUGUAUAAAGGGGAGAUAAUCACAAAAAUAGGGUGGAGUCAUUUCAAAAUCUUCUCAAGAAGAGCUGACAUUUACAUGAAAGCUUCCUGACAUAGUGGAGAUUCAAGUUUGUUAAAAUCAUGACCCACGGGGAUAGGAUGGGACCACAAUAGGGGUUCAAAGUUUUACAUACAAAUAGAUUAAGAAAAUCUUUAAAAAUCUUCUUCUCAGGAACCACCGGACUAGGAAAGUAGAAAUUUACAUAAAAGUUUCCUCACAUAGUGCAGAUUCAAGUUUGUUAAAAUCAUGGCCCCUAGGGGUAGGAUGGGGCCACAAUAGGGGAUCAUAGUUUUAUGUACAAAUGUAUAGAGAAAAUCUUAAAAUUUCAUAUUUACAUAAAAGCUUCCUGACAUAAUGCAGAUUCAGGUUUGUUCAAAUCAUGGCCCUCAGGGGUAGGAUGAGGCCACAAUAGGGGAUCAAAGUUUUUCAUGGAAAUAUAUAGGGAAAAUCUUUAAAGAUUUUCUUCUCAAGAACCACUGGGCCACAAGAGCUGAAAUUUACUUGAAAGCUUCCUGGCAUAAUGCAGAUUCAGGUUUAUUCAAAUCAUGGCCCCCAGGAUUAGGAUGUGGCCAAAAUAAGGGAUCAAAGUUUUACAUGCAAAUAUGUGCAAAAUCUUUAAAUAUGGGCCAAGGUGAUUCAGGUGAGUUAUGUGGCCCAUGGACCUUUCGUUUAAGAAAUCAAUGGAUGGUUCACACUAGUGGAAUAUUGAUUCUAUGGAGGGUAAGCCUUGCACGAAAAUUGCUUCUAUAGGUGGUUAUUUUACCAAUCUAUAUACCAGGGUAAUGUGUGCGAAAAUAAUCAGAAGAACACACGAUUGACAAAGGCAAUCUUGGUGUUUUGUAAAUUAUGCUUGAAAAGGAAUUGCAUGUAUUGAAUACUGAAAUAAAGUUGAUAUCAAGAUGAAAAAGUAAUUUGUACUGUAUGAUGGAAAAAAAAUUAAGGAAUAUUUUAAAUUCUACUUUUCAAAUAAAUCAAUUUGCUUCAAGCUUCUAUGGAUGGAUAGGAGUGUACCAAAAUCCCUUUUAUGGGUGGUCAUCCUAGUUUUCAUGUGCCUUCCCCCCCCCCCCCCCCCCCCAUAUAUGUUUUACUGGAACAGCCCUUGGCAUUGAUUGAAAGUACCAGUGAAAUCCGCAAUAUACUCCUCCUUGAUGUCAUAUCAAAGAGAUUUCACACAAGUGGUUACGACAGCCAUGAUGGAAUUAAUGUUAUACAAGAUAGAAAAACCUGUACAAGUUUAAAAUUCAUUUGAAGGGAGACUGGCUCUGGUAUUUUAGAUGCCAGUUGAAAUGUUUAAGAAAUUUUUACAGUUUACGAGAUAAUCAUUGAAGUGUUGUUGUGUACAGUAGAUUGGGUGGUGUAAAUUAGGAUUUUGAAGCAUUUAUUUUUGAGUUCGAACAGGUAUGCAGUAAUAAUUCACUUAAUUUUCUCUGGGAUAUUAUGCCAUGAAUUUACUUCAUCUAAAUGUAGAUAAAAUGUGUGUGCAUGUGUUUUAGCAGAUCUUUACAAAUUCUUGAGGUUUCUGUGAUCCAGUUUGGGCAUUAUAAAAGUAUUUGUCAAUACAUAUGUACAGGUUAUAUGAGAUUAUAUACUGUAUUUAUUUGUAUGUAAUAUAUAUUAUUUUCAUGGGAAUGUUUCUACCAGUAGAUAUUUUUUAUAUAAAGUAACUAUGAUUUUUGAAGGUUGUAACAAUUCGAAGUAUAAAUCUCUUUAUUUUUUGUGCAAACAAUAAUGAUUAAUGAUUGGCAGGUCCAAUUAUUUCAUUUAUACUCCUCACAUUUAACAUGUCAUUCUUGCUAGCCACAGGUAUUGUGUCUAUUAUUACAAAAUGUUGGCAAUACAGCUGUUUACUAUACUGAUGAUAUCUGACACGGCUGUUUACGAGAUACUGAUGAUAUCUAAUACAACUGUUUACAAGAUACUGAUGAUAUCUGACACAGCUGUUUAUGAGAUACUGAUGAUAUCUGACACAGCUGUUUACGAGAUACUGAUGAUAUCUAAUACAGCUGUUUACUAUACUGAUGAUAUCUAAAACAGCUGUUUACAAUACUGAUGAUAUCUAAUACAGCUGUUUACGAGAUACUGAUAUCUAAUACAGCUGUUUACUAUACUGAUGAUAUCUAAAACAGCUGUUUACGAUACUGAUGAUAUCUAAUACAGCUGUUUACUAUACUGAUGAUAUCUAAUACAGCUGUUUACAAUACUGAUGAUAUCUAAAACAGCUGUUUAUGAGAUACUGAUGAUAUCUAAUACAGCUGUUUACGAGAUACUGAUGAUAUCUGACACAGCUGUUUAUGAGAUACUGAUGAUAUCUAAUACAGCUGUUUACGAGAUACUGAUGAUAUCUGACACAGCUGUUUACGAGAUACUGAUGAUAUCUAAUACAGCUGUUUACGAUACUGAUGAUAUCUAAUACAGCUGUUUACUAUACUGAUGAUAUCUAAUACAGCUGUUUAUGAGAUACUGAUGAUAUCUAAUACAGCUGUUUACUAUACUGAUGAUAUCUAAAACAGCUGUUUACUAUACUGAUGAUAUUUAAAGAAGGAACCUUGAUUGGUCUACCUCAAGGCCUUCUAUAAUAAUACAUACAACAUAUAAUAUACAAUAAUUAUAUAAAAACAAUACAAAUGUACACUUGUCAAGCAAGCUGUACUGUAUCAGAAUUUUUUUGUGUCUGUCAUUUUACAGUGCAAGCAUCAGACUAUUCUUUUAAUUUUCACUUCUGCACUUGUCUCCAGUUUUUCACUAAUCAGAUACUCUGUUGAUCAAAUCAUUAAAAACAAUCCUAUUGCAUUUUCAGGAUGCUAUCACUACCGAGUUCUGAAAAAUAGGUUUUCAUUGAAAUGUUUAGUUUCUAGUAUUGAAUUUUAGUAUGACGUUCGAUUGUAUUUCCUUGCAAGACAAAUUGGAUAAUGAUACAACAUGGGAAGGAGGGGGUACAAUAGCUUCACAAAUGUGAUUAUUGAUUAGAUAUUGUUUAAUGUCCCUCUCGUGAAUUUUUCACUCAUAUGGAGAUGUCACCAUUGCUGGUGAAGGGCUGCAAAAUUUAGGCCUAUGCUCGGCGCUUAGGGCCUUUGAGCAGGGAGGGAUCUUUAUCGUGCCACACCUGCUGCGACACGGGACCUCGGAUUUUGCAGUCUCAUAUGAAGGACCGCCCCAUUUAGUCGCCUCUUACAACAAGCAAGGGGGUCCUGGAUCCCCACAGGAAGGCCUGAAAUUGUUAAUAAAAUGGUCAUAUGCAGAUAAGGUUUUGGAGAUGUUAGUAAUUCUGGUUGGAGAUUUUACUGUUAGUUCAAAUUCUUCGAUCACAGAUACCAUGUAUUGUGGGAGUUCUUUCAGAUCGAUUUUAAAAUCCCAGCAGAUGGAGGUAAGGUUUUAUCUCUCCAGCCAGAUUCACUGCCCAGCAGGUGUGGUUAUAGAUAGUGCAAUAAAAAAAGGAUGUAGAAUUUGGAAGCCCAAUUGUUUCAAUGUUUACUAACUUAUUAUAAAAUCUAAUCUGCAUGAUUUAUAAUUUAGGAAAUUAGAGAUGUAAACAUUACAAUAUAUCUUCAGGUGUACUUGAUUCUUUGAAUAUGUAUUUCAAUAUCUUGAAAUGCAUAAUGGUCAGCGAUCAUUCAUACAUGAACAUGUAAAGUACUUUUUAGCUUUUUAGCUUAAAUUAAAAAUAUUUAAACCUUGGCUAUAUCUUUUGAACCAAAGGGAAUAGGGUAAGUAGAGUCGCACUAACCACCGAGCUAUGUUAUUUUCUGACAACUUCUGUUUUAUAUUGAAUUAUUAGUAAAAUUUACAAUCAUUAUUAUUUUUAUAAAGAAAUUCAAUGUAUUUUGGUGUAUUUAGUAUAUGUAUAAAUCAAGGUUGAACAUUUUCUUGUGUCUGCAUUCCAUGUUUAACGACUCGUCAGCCACAGUGUGUUUUUAUACGGUCUACUUUUUGUGAGAUGUUAAUGUUUUUCUGUGAAUCAUCACAUUGGUUGUAUUAGUAUAGUUUUCAAAAUCCUAUUAGUAUUGUAAGCAGGAAUCAGACUUGUGUGAAUAAUGAUUGAAUUUUUUUUUUAAUCUAGUCAAUUCUGACCUCGAGACCAGAUGUUCAUUUCAGUUAAUAAAUAUAACACAAGUAACAAUAAAUAUAACACAAGUAACAAUAAAUAUAACACAAGUAA